GCAGCUGCUGCAUAUAAUACACACAGUUGUUGAUACGAUACGAUCGACCUGCAGGUAGCUAGCUAGCUAGCUAGUAGAUCGAUGGCAAGAUCAGGCAACAACGUCGUCGUCCAUGUCCUGGUGGCCAUGGUCGUCCUGUGGGACGGAGCCGCAGCAGGGGCGGCGGCGUUGCCUCUGCCUGAUUUGGAGACGACGACGACGAUGAACGACACGGUCACGGGGAGCUUGUCGGCGGACUUCCAUUUGGAGUCGUGCCCGGACCUGCAUAGCAUGGUGCGGUCCGCCGUGCAGGCCGCGCGGAACCAGGACGUGCAGAUCACCGCGGGCCUCCUGCGCAUCUUCUUCCACGACUGCUUCCCGCAGGGGUGCGACGCGUCGCUGCUGCUGGACAAGACCCACCCCGGCAGCGAGCAGCACGUCCACCCGCAGAACGCGGGCCUGAACCACAAGGCGCUGCAGCUCAUCGAGAGCAUCCGAGACAUGGUGCACAGGAGGUGUGGAGAAAGAAGCGUCUCGUGCGCCGACAUCCUCGCCGUCGCAACCAGCCACGCCGUCAACCUGGCCGGUGGCCCUUUCAUCAACAUGCAACUCGGCCACCGUGAUAGCGUGGACCCUGCACAACCAUGGCAAGUGCAGACCUUGCCGGCCCCCACCGCCGACGUCACCACGCUCUUCAACAGCUUCGCCGGCAAGGGCUUCGUCAACGCCAUCGACGUAGUGGCGCUCUCCGGCGCCCACACCGUCGGCAAGGCGCGCUGCAGCUCCUUCAGCGACCGCACCAACAACCCCAACGACGACGGCUUCGCCAGGGAGCUCGCCGCCUUCUGCGCCGGCGACGGCAACCGCCAGCACAACCUGGACGUGAUCACGCCGGACUCGUUCGACAACAGGUACUUUGCUGACCUCAUCAACAGGAAGGGAGUGCUCACCUCCGACCAGGCGCUCACCAACGACGGCCGCACCGCCUGGAUCGUCAACGUCUUCGCCCACGACCAGGCCAACUUCUUCCAAAAGUUUGCGCAGGCCAUGGAGAAGAUGAGCAGGCUGACGAGCCCCGGAGGCGUCAAAGCCCGCCGCAACUGCUUCAAGCGCGACGCCGGCGUCAACAUCCAGACCACCGUUGCAGCUGCUGGCUCAGGCGACGACGAGAGCCAGCUUGCGGCCUCUGCUUGAUGCAUAUCAGCACAAGCAGAUCCAAAUCUCUGCUGCCAUUAUAUAUGUGGUCUGUCGAUCGUCAAAUAAGUAACACUACAAGCGGCAAUGUUUGUCCUUGUUUGUUAGGAAGCUAAACCAAAAGCUUAUUAAUUAGUUGGUCCAGGUCGCAUGUACGUAGUUGGUGUACGUUUGUCUACCCAACCAAAGCAUCUAGGUCGUUGUCAAGUCAUUGUUGACGUUGAGACGAUUUUGGGUGCUUUCUGCUGUUUUCCUCUUAAUAAAAAUCGUCUAGCCUAUUUACUCCUA